GAAGUUCUACAGGAAAAAUCUUUGCCCAUCACAAAGGGAAGUAUCCUCAAAUGGAUCGGCAUAACCGAUGAAGGUGCACCCGCGAUAUAUGACUCGUCUGGUUAUGUCCACAUCAUGAUUAAUUUCAGGAGGCCGAACCGUGCGGUGUGGGCGCGUCUUCUGGACACGAACGCCUUCGAACGUAAGCAGGGUAAGGACGAGUCUUACUGGUUAGUCGGGCUUUCGCAGAACACGGUGAUGUGUCUGAUUUUGAAGGGACGUCAAGAAUAUCCUGGAUUCCCCCGACCUCUUAUCCAAGAGGUACCUGUGCGGCUACCUUUCCGCAAUAUAGAGUCUAAAGAGGCGCCUAUUGAGGAACAAGUCGCUCGGGAGCGUAUACACAUCAAUCUCGCUCGGGAUGCCCUGGGUGAUGAACUUAGUACCCCCGAGCUCGAUAAACGCGAGGUCGAGCUGGACAAAUCACUCAUCAAACUCAUACAAGCCGCGUGUAAAGCUGACAAGGCUCCUCGUGUUCUCGAACUCACCAAACGACUACACUUCACUCACUCCAUCGACGCCGCCAGCCAGCUUGCAGGGUUCUACCGUCUUGUGGGUCUGCAAGAAAAGAUCGAGGCUAUUAAGAGGUGGAGAUUGGAGAGCCUGAAUCCUGCAGAGGAAGCAAGGGAUAGAAGG